CCUCCUCCGGGCCCUCAGCAGGCAGCCCUGCAUGCCCCACAACCCCCGCCCCAGCUAGCAGCCUCCUGCCACUUUCAGAUGCAAGUGUCAGAGCCCACCCUGAGGCAGCGGGGGAGGCUGGGCUGAUGUCCCCUAGUGCUGCUCUGGGGUCAGUGGGGGAGAAGGGGGCCUGAGGCUGGCACCUUCUGUGCUGGUCUGGUAUUGCCAUUGUGGUGGAAUGACUGGAGCUGGACAUCGGGUGACCUUGCUCUGCUUCAGUGUCUGUGUUUGAUUUUCUCAACCCCUGCCGGGAGCCCUCUCCUCAUCACUAGGGUGUCUGGCACUGUAGCCUGUGAGCCUUUGUCCCUCUUUCUGCUCAUGUGAUCUGUGGGAUCAGUUGGCACUUGGCAUGUUCGGAGUGGCUCUAGGGGGUCGGUGGGGAUGGAGUGAGAGGUGUCUAGCCAGGGAUGAAGAUGGUAGUUCAUAGGUACAGUAGCAGCAUGAUGGCCCUUGAACAAGACUGGACUUGCUGAAGGAGGAGGAAAGAUGGCAGGAGGUAGGAGCUGGGGGCUCUAAGGUGGUGUUGGUGCCAGGCCUCCAGGAGUCAUGAUUGCAGAGCGACUGCAGAAACAGAGUCUGGAAGAGCUGAAAUGCACAUCCUUCAACGUCAGCCUGAGAGGGCUUCCUGGUGGGACCUGAUCUCCUGUCCCAGGAUACACCUUCAGGACAGCACAGGUUUCAGUUGCCACCACUCCCGCCUGAAUCUGUCUCCUUGCAGCCAAGACAGCUGCCCUAAGAAGAACAGCCUUCCAUCCCAAACACUGGCCACGGACCCGCUCACCUUGGGGAAGGCCUCUAUGGUCCCCACCAAAAGGCACUGCUGCUCACCCUCAGUGCCUGAGAAUUUCUUCCACUGGCAUCCCCUCUGUAGGCCUCUUGGCUCCAAAGUGUGGACUCCUAUCAAGCAUCGGGGCAGCAGUGGAGAAAGUGCUUUGGAAGAGCAGCCCCCGAUCCCAGACCAUGGAGCCUGCAGUCUCAGGUUUGACCAAGCCCCAGGUGCAUCUCUUCAGUGUGUCCAAGGUGGUGGUGGUGGCAGUAGCCCCCCCUUUUUCAGUCUGACCCUAUCCCGGGAAUCCCUAGUCAGCAUGUUGUGGGAGAGUGAGAAGACCUUGCAGCCCUUCUCCUUAUCACCUGUCCAGAUCCUGCCCUCCCCACGGAGCUCUGCUUCCUCCACACCAGAACUGCUCAGGCACCAGCAUGGCCUCCCACCCAGCCAGUCACAGCCCUGUGACCUGGACACAAAGAAGAAUGGCCUCAAGCAGUGCCAUGAGGAGGAUGCAAAGUGGCACCGUCCCUCACUCAACUUCUACAAGAUGAACCAGAAGCAGUUCUCAGGAGGAGGCCUCUGUUUCUUAGACAAGUCUGAGGAAGGCAGUGCUCCAUCAUGGUUCUUGGCUUGCAACCCACAAGCCCCUUCAGCCCCCUGCAGUCCUAUCAGCAGCUAUGGCCAAGUGCUGAGUGAGGAAGAGGAAGAUGAGGCAAGGAACCGAAGCUGGCAUCUGGCCAGCCAGAGGACUUUUUUCCAGCAGGACUUUAGUGACCUGGAUCUGAAUCUGAUUGAAGAGAACUAG